GGCAGGGCCAUGGACCGGAUGAAGAAGAUCAAGCGGCAGCUGUCGAUGACGCUGCGGGGGGGCCGCGCCCCCGACAAGGGCCUGGGGGACCCCCGAGACGGCGCCGGCAGCGACAGCGAGCCGGGGGGGGACGAGGCCCGGAUGGGGUCGGACGGGGAGAGCGACCCCCCCUCGGGGACAUCCUCGGAGGAGGUGGCGUCACCCGUGAGGCUGCGGCAGCACCCGCGGCACGGAGCCUGCGAGGAUGUCACCAAGCGCCUGUCCCUGCCCGCUGACACCCGCCUGCCCGAGGGGGGGCUGGGGCUGCCCGGGCCCCUGAGCCGCCGCCUGCGCCGCGUCUCCCUGUCGGAAAUCGGCUUCGGGAAGUUGGAGACCUACGUGAAACUGGACAAACUGGGAGAGGGCACGUACGCCACGGUGUACAAGGGCCGCAGCAAGCUGACCGAGAACCUGGUGGCGCUGAAGGAAAUCCGGCUGGAGCACGAGGAGGGAGCGCCCUGCACGGCCAUCCGCGAGGGUGGGACACUGGGGACACUGGGGACACUGAGGGACCUCAAGCACGCCAACGUGGUGACGCUGCACGACAUCGUGCACACGCCGCAGUGCCUGACGCUGGUCUUCGAGUACCUGGACCGGGACCUGAAGCAGUACCUGGACGAUUGUGGGAACGUCAUCAGCAUGCACAACGUCAGGCUCUUCCUGUUCCAGCUCCUGCGGGGUCUCGCCUUCUGCCACCGCCACAAGGUUCUGCACCGCGACCUCAAACCGCAGAACCUGCUGCUCAGCCGCCGGGGGGACCUCAAGCUGGCAGACUUCGGCCUGGCCCGGGCCAAGUCCAUCCCCACCAAGACGUUCUCGAGCGAGGUGGUGACGCUGUGGUACCGCCCGCCCGACAUCCUGCUGGGCUCCACCGAGUACAGCACCCAGAUCGACAUGUGGGGGGUCGGCUGCAUCUUCUCGGAGAUGGUGACGGGGCGGCCGCUGUUCCCCGGGGCCACCGUGGAGGAGCAGCUGCACUUCAUCUUCCGCCUGCUGGGGACCCCGACGGAGGAGACGUGGCCGGGCAUCGGUGCCAACGCCGAGUUCCGGGCACACAAAUACCCCCUGUACCCCCCCGAGGGGCUGCGGCAGCACGCGCCACGGCUGGACCAGGACGGCGCCGAUCUCCUGGGGCAGCUGCUGCAGUUCGAGGGGCGGCGCCGGGUGCCGGCGGCGGAGGCCAUGGGACACGCCUUCUUCAGCUGCCUGGGGCCGCGCGUCAGCGCCCUGCCCGACACCACGUCGAUCUUCGCGCUGAAGGAGAUCCAGCUGCAGAAGGAGCCGGGGCUGCGCUCGGGACCCCUGCCCCCCACGGGUGAGACCCCAAAACAAUGA